AUGGACCUCCUCCUUGCCCGCGACCUGCUCGCGUGGCCGCCCGGCGACAACGACACCGACACCAUCAUCGACGGCGUCCACUUCAACCUCACCACGCUCAAGUUCUGGAACUACACCUACUGGUCCAACAAGACCCUCUCCAACGUCACCUGGUGCGAGCUCGGCUUCCAGCCCUACCUCGCCGACACCCUCCUCGAGAACGGCACCUGGGUCAACAGCACCUCCUGCUAUGUGCCCCUCGACCCCAUCGGCACCCGCUCCGCCGUCGGCAUGGGCUACGCUGUCGCCUACGCUCUCUGCCUCCUCCUCGUCCUCGUCAACCUCACAAAGCAUGGCAAGCUCCAUCUCCCGUCCGAGAAGCGCUUCGUCCCAAUCGGUCGCAGAUGGCAGUGGUACUGGGCCAUCUGGGUCUGCGCCACUGCCAUGAUUGGCCUCUUCUUCAAUGUCGACGUCGACCGCUACUAUGUCAUGGAGAUCCCCAUCCUCAUCACCUCGUUCUUCUGGUAUCUCAUGCAGAUGGGCACUACCGCACUCGUCUGGGAGGCUGUGAGGCACUGGGGUUCGUGGAUGGAGCGGCAGUAUAUCGACCCGAAUCCGUUCGUGCUGCCCGAGGAGGGCCGCCGCUGGCACUUUGAGUUUUGGGUCCCUCUGUUCUUUUACUUCUGGGACUGGAUGAAUUUCUUCAUGGUCAUCCCCCGCAACUGGUCCCCGAUCGAACGCCAGCGAGCCCCUGACCAGGUCGUAAACGAGGCCGAGCCCAACGCCAUGGAUCCCCGCUUCAAGGCUGCCACCUUCAUGCUCUUCAUCUGCUGGCUCACAAUCGUCGUGUAUCUGCAGCACGCCGUCCGGCACUACGAGGCCAAGCACCGCGGCGCCGCGAACCGCGUCAAGGGUUUCUUCUCGUACAUGCCGUGGCGCUUCAUACUGGAGAUCCCGUUGCUCCUCGCGCUCGUGGUGUACCAGGGCAUCGCGGCGUGGGACUUUGACCUCUCCCCGCUCAAGGUCAACACGUACCUCCCGGCCGUCUUCGUCGGCGGCUACACCCCGAGCCUGCUCAUUCUCAUCAUCCAGAUCAUCGACGGCUUCAUGCGGCCCAACGAGGACCGCGAGCUCAUCCGGCAGCGCCGUGUCCGCGGCGCCGCCGUCGACCAGGAGCUCGGAUACGUCCAGAAGCCCGCGUGGUGGCACCGCAACGCCGGCGCCGACGACAUGGCGAACCGGAUCAUGCGCAACGUGCGCGAGGUCGGCGGUGGUCGGGCAACCGCGACCCGCGUCGACGACAUUGCCCAGGGCCGGGCCGUCCGGCGGGACUCGUCGCUCAUGGCUGCCGGCGGCGGCGGCGGCGGCGGGAUCGAGAUGAGCCCCAUGGCGUCACCGGGGGGCGUGGGAGGCGGCACCGCCGCACCACCCCCGUACACGCCGUACGCGGGCAAGUCGGAGCGGCGCAAGACCGAGCACGCGAUGCAGGCCGCUGCGGCCGCGCUGUUCCCGCAGCCCUCGAACCCGGCAUCCGCGGCAGGCUCGGUGGCAGAUAUGCCGCCGCCACCAGAGUUUGGUGCUGCCGUAGCCGGCACCGACGGCGACGUCGACGACAACAGACAAGCGGGGAUGCUCCGGCCGCGGUCGGGAGAGAGGAAUCAUAGCACGGCGAGCAGCGUGUCGGUGUCGCAGCAGCGGCCACAGCAGGUUCGGAGCAUGCUGGAUGUAUGA